CCAUAGAUGCGCACAACUACAAGGAAAGCUGGAAAGGAGAGGAAACCCAUACUCCACUAUACAAUUCUCCCAUUUUUUUUCUUAUUCACAUAGCCUAGACUCACUCAAAUACACAGACAGACAGACAGAGACUACUGUAUCCGUGUCUAUCCCUUUGUCUUCAAGAGUACUCAAACCUCCAUUUGAAGCCAACACACCUUUCUUUUAUUGCCCUCUCUUAAACUUUCUUUAAUCAAAGAAGGUGCCGUGUACUCUUUCUUUCUUCAUAAAAUUUACUAACUUUACUGUCAAAUUCCAAUAUUUAUUGGCAAACAUGGCUUCUCUGAUUCCAAUCUCUAAAACCCAGUUUUUAUUUAACAAGCCCCACCUCAAAUCCUCAUCUCCUUGUCUUGAAACUUUUUUUCAAUCAAGUUUGGUGUCAAAAAGGUUGUCUUUUCAAUUUAAAGUUCCAUUCUUUGAUAGAAUGCCUUUGAAAGCUGCUACUGUUGUGUCUGCUACAACAGCUGAGAAGCCUAAGAAGAGGUAUCCAGGUGAGGCAAAAGGGUUUGUGGAGGAGAUGAGGUUUGUGGCUAUGAAGUUGCAUACAAGGGAGCAAGCAAAGGAAGGAGAGAAGGAGGUGAAAGAGAAAGAAGAAGAGGCUGUGCGUAAAUGGGAGCCUACUAUUGACGGGUACCUGAAGUUUUUGGUUGAUAGCAAGUUGGUUUAUGAUACACUUGAAGGGAUUGUGGAAAAAGCUGUUUUUCCUUUUUAUGCUGAGUUCAGAAACACUGGAUUGGAAAGAUCUGAAAAGUUGGCAAAAGAUUUGGAGUGGUUCAAAGAGAAAGGGUAUACCAUUCCGGAACCUUCUUCUCCUGGUGUUACCUAUUCACAGAUCCUGCAGGAAUUGUCAGAGAAGGAUCCUCAAGCAUUUAUUUGUCACUUCUACAAUAUAUAUUUUGCCCACUCUGCUGGUGGUCGAAUGAUUGGGAGGAAGGUUGCUGAGCAGUUACUUGAGAAAAAGGAGUUAGAAUUCUAUAAAUGGGAUGGUGACCUUUCCCAGCUGUUGCAGAAUGUCAGGGACAAAUUGAAUAAAGUUGCGGAGAGCUGGACCAGAGAGGAGAAGAACCACUGUUUAGAAGAAACAGAGAAAUCAUUCAAGCAUUCAGGGGAGAUUCUUCGCCUGAUAUUAUAGUGAUGUUAUAAUUGCUUGACAUACUUGUAGUCUUGUGUAAAGGCGCAAGCCUCAAGUAUUUGUGCAUACGAUGAAGUCUUUUCUUUUUCCAUUGUAACUUUACUAUCAAUGAAAUCAUGUAACUUAUGUUGUACUUUAUUCAAUAUAAUAAAUUCAAUCACCUUAACUUUGGCCAAA